AUGGGCUGCUGCCCUCAUUUUAGUCAAGCCCACUAAUGUGGUGGACCCAACAAAUUGCUUAAGGUGAUUGUUCACCGCUUGCCGGAUUAUGGAAACCUAAGUCUCUAUAUAUGUAUCAAUAAUGCCCAUAUAAAUAGAGGUAAUCAAUGGCGACAACAGCUAGAUUUAAACAUAUUUUCAUUUCCACUUUCAAUUUCCUCAGACUUUGAUUAUAUUUCUUCGCAAUUUCUCUGCUUUGCAUGUCCGCAUCAGUGACUAUAGUUUCAGAAUUCAGCUCUCAGUAAAAAUGGAGAAACAAGAUGACUUAUGCCAACUCGAAUGCCAAGAUCAAGAGAGUAUGGAGCACUCAAUCGAAUCAGAUUCAGAGUCAGAGCCAGAUGAAUAUAGUACUGAUUAUGAUUCUAUGAGUGAUAGCGACUAUGAGGCUGAAGAAACCUGUCAAGAACAACAAGAGAAAACUACUUUUGAUGAGCUGAUUGCUCCCGAGGAAUCAGUGGUGUUUAAUAUAUUUAGUAGGUUGUCCGUACAUUGCCUACUAAAAUGCAAGGCCGUCAACAAAUUAUGGAAAUCUUUGAUCGAAGAUAAGUAUUUCAUUUCAGAACUCCAUUUGGACCGAGCUCCUUGUCACUAUUUUCCACCAUUUACUAAUAAUAACUACAUACUUGACUCGUUCUGUGGAUUGGUGUGGGUGACCCGAGAAGAUCCCGGUCUUGUGAUGAAGCACUACAUCUCCAACCCUGCCACCCGCCAAGUACUUCAUUUGCCUGAUCCAAAUCAUGCUCUGCUACGUUCUCCUCAGACCUACAAGGCUCCCACUAUUAGUCGAUUAAAGAGUUACAUUGCUUUGAAUAGUUUCUCUCAUGAGUGCAAAUUGCUCUUGGAAUGUAGACUGACUAAUAGUCAAGGUAUCAUGGAACAUGCUUUGGAAACUUUUGAAGUUGGAAGAGAUUUCAAUUGGACAUCUAUUGGGAGAAAGACAGGCUUGUUAGAUGACCCUGAUUAUGAUGCAGAGGAUCUAGCACGAAUGAUACACGUGAGAAACAUGGGAGUAUUGCAUUUCAUCCAAGUAUUAGUGGUUGGUUCGUGUAAAUUUUUGCGUGUUCGCUCUAUUGACGUGUGGGAUGACAAGUACGUGGUUACUAAUGGUUUGCCUAGGCGUAUUUCCUUCAAUAUACUCAAAGCCCAUUUUAUCGAUCUUGAUGAUUGCUUAGCUAUUGCUGAGAUAAACCACCAAGACCUUCACCUCUUGAAAAUGACAAAGUACGUGGGUGGUGUCUUGAGAUGGAACACGAAGAAAAUGAUUGUUCCACUCACAUUUUUAAGCAAACAGCCCUAUUCAAAUGAAAUAGAUCAAGUUGUGCCGUGGGGGUUUAAAUCUGAUGUCCUUCGGUUUAAAUUUAAAAAUGAAGUGUUUGAUUACGAUACCAAAACAGAGAGAAUUGACAAAAUUGAUGAACUUGUACUGCGUGAUGAACAGCUUAAGGUAGGUGAAUUUGAGUAUUUUCCAAGCCUUAUGAAGUUGGAAGGAAUGAUAGGAGGAUAAUAGUAAGAACUGGCCUGGAACAGAAUUAUUAGCAAAUCAAACUAUUGAUUCUUUGUUCAUGUAGUGCCUUUUGUAAAUGGGGAUAAUAUGAGAUAAACAAAAUGUACUAGUUUGGAAGUUAAUUCAUAUAUUUGUUGUUAUGCA